GAGGCGUGUGUUUGUUUUGGAGGCUGUGACAGACUGAGGCGGACCCGGGGCAGAGGGGCUUUACCUCGGCAGCAGGUGGAGAUCAGCCCGGCUCCUUCACUCAUGUGGACGCACGGCGACUGGACACACCACUGGGCUUCGUCUCAUUCAUCUUAUUUUGUCCAGAAAAGCGCUGGAUAGUCGGACUAACCAUGACCUCGGUGUGGAAACGACUGCAGCGGGUCGGGAAGAAGGCGGCCAAGUUUCAGUUUGCUGCGUCUUUCCAAGAGCUCAUCAUAGAAUGUACUAAUAAAUGGCAGCCGGACAAACUGAGAGUGGUGUGGAUCAGGAGAAACAGACGGCACAGUACAAAGCUCCACAGUUGGCAGCCUGGCAUCAAAAAUCCAUACAGAGGCCUGGUGAUGUGGCAGGUCCCUGAGAGUUUGGACAUCACAGUCACUCUGUUUAAAGAACCUACAGCAGAGGAGUUUGAGGAUAAAGACUGGACGUUUGUGAUUGAGAAUGAGAGUAAAGGCCGCAGAAAAAUCCUAGCCUCUGCUGAUGUGAACAUGAAAAAAUACGCCAGCGCCACUCCAGCCCAGUAUGACAUCACGCUCCAACUCAAACCUCUCUCGGUGAAGGUGGUCGAGGCUACGCUCAAAAUCAAACUCUCCUGCAUCUUUCUCAAGGAGGGCAAGGCCACGGAUGAGGACAUGCAGAGUCUGGCCAGCCUCAUGAGCAUGAAGCAGAGUGACAUCGGAAACCUCGAGGACUUCAGUGACGAUGAGGGCGAGGAGCGGAGGUUCAGCCACGGUUCCACGCAUGCUGUUUCGGUUUCUGGCUCUGCUUCCUCUGUCAAUAGACUUCAUGAUAUGGCUUGGCGGCCUGUCAUUCAACCAGGCUCCACAGAGAUGGAUCAGAGCUCUUCUCCUUCCUUUUUCUCCACCAUUUCAGCCCCCCUUUACCCCUCUGCCCUCCCUCUCUCGCCCACCUGUCCGAUUGACAUCCCAGAAGCAGCUAAACCAUCUCUCUAUGACUAUUCACUGCCCGCAUUCACCCCCGCCCACCCUCCUGCUCUGCCUCGCAUCUUCCAGCCUGGCGCUGCCUCAGUGCCUCGGGCCGCUCCCCGAAGGCCCCACAGCUUCCACUCUGACUGGUCUCCUGCUGAGGGCUGGGAGGCCCUGGGUCUGUCUUCCUCCGCCCCUCCCAAAACUCUGCUCUCUUCUUCUCUGUCUUCUGCUCCCCAUCCUCCUACCUUCUCUCAGCCCUCACAAACAGCUGGCCCUACUUCUUGGAGAACUCAGAGCGUUCCUUCCAUAUCCUCCCUCUACUCUCCCCCCUCCUCCUCUUCCUCAGCUCCUCCUGUAAACAUACCUGUCCUACCUCCACCCCCAGCUGUUCCCAAGAAGCCCAAAACCCGGGCCUCUGGGGGUGACACUGGGUGCGCUCUCACCCGCCCCACCAGUCUGCCCUCUGCCCCCGAAUCAGCUCCUUGGCAGACUGAAUGGAUGCCCCCUAAAUCUCAAGCCCCCCUCUCACAGCCCGGUCUCUCUCCCAAGUUUCUCCAUUUGUGUGCUGACGAGCCAGGACAGAGCGCUGUGGGGCAGAAAAAGCAGAAAUUAGACACGACAUCUUCCUCCUCUGGGUUUGUCCCCUCUUGGAGACCUCCUGUCCCCCCUCGAGUAGAGACACUCGCUCAGAGCAGCCCCUCUGCUGUGUCUGGCCCGCCCCCUCAGCCUCUCCCGUUCCAUACUGUUGUCAAAGCUUCUGACAAAGACCAGGAUUCAGAGGUUCUCAGACACUUGAGCACUCUGAAUGAGGAGGACCCCUUAUCUACAUCUGCUGAGCACAAAACACCUGGCGUCAGAUCUUUUGGAGUGGAGGCUGUCAAAGCAUCACCCGGCCCACAACAAAGUGCCACUUCUCUUCAGUCAGCACCAGAUGCGGAAAAUAUCAGUGAAGUUGGAACAAAAGACAAAAAAACAAAAAGAAGAAUUUUGAAGAUGCCAAAGAAAAAAGGAGAUCAAACAAAAGUAUUUGCUCCUGUUUGGCCUCCUAAAAAGAAGGACGGAGGUAUGAGUUCUACAAAUGAUGCGCAGAAAGAUGAUGGACUUAAAGUGAAGGACAUAAAAACAUUGGGUGUCAAGGAAACUCAAAAAAUAUCACUAACAAGUGAAAUUUCUGAAACAGAAACCAAUUCUUCAAUAAUUAACACAGGACCAGCUGCUCCUGUAAAUACUUCAUUGAAAACAGAAGCUCUUAUAGGCCCUGCUCCAGAGCAAGAACUGUCUCAAGUUGAGAAAAAAGAGCCUGUUUCACUUAUUAAAAAGAUAGGAAUUUCUCUUAAAGGAAAGAAGCUACCAUUAAGAAAACCUGGCAAGAAGGAUACUACCAAGAAAUCUGUAGAACCAAGUGUUCAGGUUGAGGUGAAUUUUGAGGAAAAGGUUGUAACUGAGAAAGUGAAUGACACCCCUGUUGAAACAAAGUCGGAUGUUCAACCAGAGGUUAUUAAACAGACAUUACCUGUCCCACGGCCCAGAGUAAAGAAACGUUUAAGUGGAUCUUUCCCUGACGACUUCACGGUUACAGAGUCAAUGAUACAAGGAGAACUAGUUCCAAAGUCCCAAGAAAUGCAGAGUAUGGACAACAGCAAAACAUCUCUUCCCGUGGAGGAUUCUACCCCAACUAGUGCGUCAGACAUAACCAUUGUACAGUUACGGAACAAGCAAGCGCCUUCAGGCUUACUUCCUGUACCUAAACCAAGAUCAAGGAAACGUUUCAGUGCUUCAUUCCCAGAUGAAACCUUGACAGAUAGUACUUGCUCUGAGAGUCUCCAACAAGGUGAUGAGUUGAGCAUGCCUGCACCAAAAUCUGACGAAACUUCAACUUCUCAGACAAACAUUGAAAUUCUGCGUCAGGUUGAGCAGUUGACCUUACCAGUCCCAAUGCCACGCGAUAAGAAGAAACGUCUAAGUGCCUCUUUUGUAGAUAGUGGCACAGAACAGCUAAAGCCUACAGAUGUCGGACCAGCAAAUAUGGACGCUGCAUCGCAAAUUAGCAAAGAAACAUUUGAAGGCCCAGUUUCUCUUGAGUCUAGUGUAAUUUCUGAUGUUGGUUCUGAAAUCACAAGGGAGGAUGAAGUCGUGUCCGAUAUUGAGUUCAUCCAGACAGGUGGCAUAGAGGAUACUGAAGAGGAAAUGAUACGAAGUUGGACGUUUACAGAUAAGCAAGGCAUGACAACAGAUUCUCAAGCGGUGCUGCUGGGGGACACCGAAGAUGCUCAUGAGCUCUCCAGGUCUAUUUCUACUGCCUCAUCAGCUCAAGACGAUUGGUUCCAUGUGGGUGAUAGCAAAAGCAGUGAAGCUAUGGAGGUGGAGGCCAAGACUGAAGAUGUGGAGAGUGGCUUUGAGGCUGUAGAUGUGGCGUCUGGUUGUGUAGAGGAGGACAGGUCGAAGGAGCCACCCAGACCUGUAUCUCGAGGUAAAAAGCGUGUCAGUGGGUCGCAUCUAGAUGACAGCAAGUCCAACGUCAUUCAAGUCAGUGAAGCAACAACUCCUCAGAAAAAGCCAGCAGAUGCAACUGUCUCUGCUGAACUCAUGACCAGCCCGGGUUUAGUAACAUCUACACAGUCUCUUUUGGAGUGGUGUCAGGAGGUCACCCAGAACUACCACGGAGUAAAGAUCACCAACUUCAGCACAUCAUGGAGAAACGGCCUGGCUUUUUGUGCUAUCUUACACCACUUUCACCCUGAAAUGAUUAAUUACGAAACGCUGGACCCAUAUGACAUCAAGCAAAACAAUAAAAUGGCGUUUGAUGGCUUUGCAGAGCUGGGCAUCUCUCGAUUGAUGGAACCCUCUGAUAUGGUGAUGCUAGCUGUUCCUGACCGACUCAUUGUGAUGACGUACCUGAGCCAGAUCCGCACUCACUUCACGGGUCAGGAACUCAGCGUGCUCCACAUCGAAAAAGACAGCAGCGACUCUAGCUACGCGGUGGGCUCCCGGGCCACUCCAGAGGAUCCCGAGGCAGCCGUUCGGUACUGCACCCAGCGGCUACAAGAAGAGGGCAUCAGUAUAGAGACAAAUGGUACAGCAGUGGAUAAGGACAGUAAAAGUGAGGUUGUCCCACCUCCGAGACAGAAAAGCCACAGGGCGCUGGGGGGGACGCAGUCACCAGUCGCACCACCUCGGACUCACUUCCUGUCCAAGUCCACGUUUUCUCAUGUUAAAGAUGCAGAUCUGGUUAAAAAGAGACGCUCGCAGAGGAGGAGCAGUUCAGUGGAUGAGGGAGAAUCUUCAGCGGCAGCUGCAGCACACAGCGACAGUUCACUCACUCGAAGCACCUCAGAAACCGAAAGGACAGAAAGUGUGCCAGAGGAAACAAGACCAGAGGGCCAGGACACCAGUCAGUAUGUGCUGAAUCAGAUGGAGGCUCUGGAGGCUGAGCAGAAUCACAUCGACAACAGAGCAGGUGUGGUGGAGAGGAAACUCCGACAGCUCAUGGAAACAGGAGGCAGUGACAAAGUGGAGGAGGAGCGAUUAAUCCAGGAAUGGUUUACACUGGUCAACAAAAAGAAUGCUUUGAUUCGGAGACAAGACCAUCUUCAGCUGCUACUGGAAGAACAAGACUUGGAAACAAGAUUUGAGCUGUUAAAGAAGGAACUGAGAGACAUAAUGGCAACAGAAGAGUGGCAGAAGACUCCAGACCAUAAACACAGGGAGCAGUUGCUGCUGCAGGAGCUGGUGUCUCUGGUGAACCAGAGAGAUGAACUGGUGCAGAACAUGGAUGCCAAGGAACGAGGCGCGCUGGAGGAGGACGAGCGACUGGAGCGGGGCCUGGAGCAGCGACGCAGGAAGUACUCCAAACAACAAAAGGAGAAGUGUGUGAUGCAGUGAACGACAAACCUGCACAGCCUAGGUAAUACUAAAGAAGCUACUGCAGAGGACAGGACUGAAGCAGCACAUCAGAGAGGCUCACACUGGGGUAAAAAAAAAAACAAGUAAACUCCUUUUGAAAAGUCUGACUGUCUGGAAUGUGUCUGUGGAAAAAGUAAGUUAUUUUAUAAUGGUAAAUAUUUAGAAACCCUGGAUGGUUUGCUAAGCUUUUAUUAUCCAUAAACAUUAAGUUGAACUGUGCACUUCUGUGUGAGUUUUAGGUGAAUAGUUUUAUGUUGUUUAACUGUUACUGAUUGUGUUUUAUGUUAUAGGAUUGGUACAGCUAGUUGCCAAAGUAGAUGACAUGUGAACUCCAUUUUUCAGCAGCACCAACAGGUGCCUUAUCUUUGAGAAUAUGCUCAGUUUCACAAAUGCCUUAAGUAACAGUUGCACAUUACACAUACAUAUUUGUUCAUGUUCAAAUACAGCUGUUUGUAAAAACAGGUUCAUCAGAUGUGUAAGUGGCAGAUGCAUGUCACACUUUUAUCAACUUCUUACACCUGCAUUUAGAAAUAUGUUACUUUUCGGCAUUGAAUUGUUGUUUAUCAAGACUCGGAGAAUGCAUUUCAGGGCAUCAUCUGUGGUAGGUUUCCUUUGUUUUUUUUUUUAAGGUUUUCUCUCUUAUGUAGCAUUUAACAGUAUAAGCCAUAAUGGAAUUACAGCAACAUAAAAGUGUAUGUAUUUAUUUAUUGGACUAUAUUUUUGUAACAUACAUUGUUGCUUUGGAAAAUUACUGUUUAAUUCAUGCCUGUGUUUUGAACAUUGAGCAGAAACCCUAUUUGACAGUGACAUGGUUACAAUUAAUUUUCUGUAAAGUUGAAAGAGAAACAGACAAUAACAACUGUGUGCAUCCCUGGUAAUAUAUUAUUGUUAGCACAUCACUUGUGCACUGAGAGGAUGAGUGAUGUGGGGCUUGUUUAGGAGCCUAGAGUGUUAAGAGUGUUUUUGUUUGGCUGUAGUGUCUUGAGUUAAUAUCUGAACAAGGACAUUUUAUUGCUUGUUUGUGUGGUAUAUUUGCACUUUUUUUUUAUUGAUUUAAUAAAAAUGAUGAAAAGCAA